AUGCCUCCGCAGAUAACCCCAGUCGACUGGCAUAUCCUUCGUAGUGCACGUCUGAACGUGGUCCCUGUUGACUUCUUCAUCGCUAUCGCCCAUGCAACCCAUCCAGCUCGUCAACUAGAGUGUUUGAGGAUCGGCGGCGUCUACUCUUUCCCGGGGCCAUUUCCCUGCGGCACGCCAGUCGCCGAGAACGUGAUCCUUGGUCCCCAUACGCUUGCGCUCGAAGGCUCUGGCGAUCUUGAUACGAUCUUCCAUACGCUGAACCUGGAGGCCCUGCAGAGCCUGGAAAUUCGGUGCCAGAGAUGGUGCUCAUUCAGCAUUAAGGAACUCAACUCUUGCAUCGGUCGUACCAGACGUACUAUGACCAAGCUAUCCAUUGAUCAUCAGUACGACAACGAGCUUGACGAGGGCGACUUGGUAGCACUCUUGGCCAACCCGACCCUGCAGGACCUCACGGAGUUGCGAUUGCACUUUUCCAACUUGAGCUUUGGAGACAAGUUUUACACGAAGCUCACAGCCGGCUUUGGACGAAAACCGGUCCUUCCUAAGCUGCGCGUGCUGGACAUCGGCACAUGCGGCGUCUACACCGAUGGGAAGCUGGGACGUAUGCUGCGUUCACGUCGUCCCGGAGGAUACCUGCAUCCCCUCGUCGAUGUCAAGCUCGCUUUCAGCGAUGAGGAAGUAGACCAUUGGGGCGAUGACGUUUAUACCCUUUGGGUGGCCAAAGGGGAGAAGGGGUCCGAGGGGUACGUCAAGGAUAGCCCCGUCGUGCAGCAACUGCCAUUUGUGCACAUAUCGUGUUACGAAGUGACGGAGUCAGACUUGGAAGACAGUGAGGACGACGACGAAAUCUCGAUCAGCUCAGAAGUCGUUAGAGCAGAGAAUGAGGCGUCAUCUGUCACAGUUCAGCUUGGUGAUGAGCAAGUAGAACUCCGCGGACUAUAUACUCAAUAG